UGGAAAGAUGGUGGUGAGGCAUUCAUUGACAUCCAUGCGAAUGGUAAAGGUAUUAACAUUCAGCGUUGGCAGAACGUUGAGAAUCGCGUUGCUGUAGUUGGCGCUGGCCCUGUUGGCCUAUUUACAGCCCUUGUUCUUGCGAAAAGCGGAAUAAAUGUCAUGGUCAUCGAGGCAGCCGAGGGCAUCAACCAGUCUCCUCGUGCGGUAGCUUACUUCCCUCCAGUCCUCGAGGAAUUUGCUAGGGCAGGUAUUAUCGACGAUGUGAUCGCUGCGGGAGAAAAGAAUGCAGACGGCUGUGAUUGGAGAACGGCAGAUGGUGUUAAGAUCUCUGGCAUUGAUCCGCCUCCAAAUGAUGCCACUUUUGCCGUGUGCCUUUCUCAGCCAGAACUGGGCGAGAUCCUGAGGAAGAGGCUUCUUGAGACUGGAAACGCUAAGAUUCUUUUCAAUCACGAAUUUCAGCGGUUAGAACAACGUGAGGAAUAUGUUCUGUUUUGGACCAAGCAGGGCAGCGACAUCACCGAACAUACUUGUCGAUACUUGAUUGGAGCAGAUGGCGGACGUAGCUCUGUGAGACAAAGUCUUGGCAUCCAUCUCGAAGGCUAUACAUUCGAGCAGCUACAAUUCGUUGCUAUCAAUUUCCAAUAUAACUUACGCGACUCAGGGUGGAAGGCGGCAAACUUCAUCGUGGAUCCUGUCGACUGGGGAAUCGUUGUCAAACGUGGCAAAGGGACAAGCUGGCGAUUUGCCACGGGCAUCCAGACGGAUUCCCAAGCAAAAAAUACACUGGACGAAGCCACUAUCGCUGUGGUCAAGAAACGUUUAUGUCGCAUUCUUCCGGGAGAUACUAGUGAGAUCCAGUACGAAGCCAUGGCCCCAUAUGUUGUGCACCAACGAUGUGCGAGUCGCUUCCGCGAUGGAAAUGUUCUUUUAGCAGGUGACGCUGCUCACCUCAACAACCCUGUUGGAGGCCUUGGCCUAACAACCGGCUUCCUCGAUGCAGCUCAUUUGGCCAAAGCUUUGAAAGAAGUCCUUUUACAAGGAGAUCACCCCGAUGUUUUGACAACUUAUUCCGAUGUUCGGCGCCGAAUCUUUCUCGAGCGGACUAGCCCUUUAAGCACUUCUAAUCUACGCAGGCUGUUCUCACAAGAUCCUGAAGAUAUUAAAGAAAGGAAAGAAGCGUUUGCUAGACUGAGAGAUCCGAAGGACUUUGUCGGGAAAACACAGAUUGGACUCCCAGACUUUUGUCUUAGUAGUACAUCCGACAAAUUCUUUGAUACCUAUGGAGAGGUAACAUGGUUCAUAUCGGUCACGCGUAUUCCGGAGUGGACACAAGAAAUGUUCGUGCACGAAUACAAGGUUGUCCACGCCGAUAUGACUCGCAAGGGCGCUGAGAAGUCUCCCGUUAUUCGUCGAUAUGUGCAACUCGAAAAUUUGCGAAAGUCGGUCUCAGGAACGGAGACUCCUCAUUGGGAUUACGUGACUUGCCUUACAUGGCCGAGUCUAUUUAUUAUUAAUGUUGGAUUGCAAACCCCAGAUUAUCGUGAGACUGCUGGCAAGCAUAUAUUCUGCCGACUGGAUCAGGAAGGGUGUCUCAUGACUCAGAUGGACAAAUACCGGAAGACUCAUAAACCAGCUAAACCAGCUGAAGUUGGUCCUGUUCAGUGUCUAAUUUAUCAAAUCAGGCAGAACUCCAAGGACGAGUUUUCUUCAGAGUGGUUUCUGGAGCGGGCUGCUAAACUGAAAAGUCUUUCAGCGUCCGAUAGUCGGCCACGAGAAUAUACUUUGUGGCGAGAUGUGACCCCUAAAACUGCUAACUACUUCCACGAGUCGCAGUUCUCUGGUGGAUCUUGGCUUCAGUACAAGGCGCUUGAAAAAUUCAUUUUUGAGAAAGAAGAUGACGCUGUUUCGUUCUUAAAGGAGCACAACCAUGACAUCUUCGGGGGUGAAUCAGGAAGAACACAAACUGUCAUUGGGCUACCAGAUGUUAUCCUUUAG